AUGGGUAAUGAUAACACUAAGAAGAGCCAAGUGAAGGGAGAGGAAAAGAAAUCUAAGCAGCCGGUUAAUUUUCUGCCUCAAGGUAAAUGGUUGAAGCCGAAUGAAAUCGAAUACGAGUUUGGUGGGACCGCCGGUGUCGUUGGUAUGGUAAUAGGGUUCCCGCUUCUGAUGUACUACAUGUGGAUUUGUGCGGAAUUUUACCACGGAAAGAUUGCCCUGCCAAAGGCAGGCGAAUCCUGGAUGCACUUCAUUAAACAUCUGUAUCAAUUGUUCUUGGAGAACGGCGUUCCAGAAAAGUAUGACUGGACGAUUUUCUUGACAUUUUGGAUUUUCCAAAUAAUUUUCUAUUACACGUUGCCUGGUAUCUGGACUAAAGGUCAACCCUUGUCCCAUUUGAAGGGCAAACAGUUGCCCUACUUCUGUAAUGCUAUGUGGACCUUGUACGUAUCUACUACGUUGGUCUUGGUUUUGCACUUCACCCAUCUUUUCAGGCUGUAUAUCAUCAUUGACCGUUUUGGCAAAAUCAUGACAUGCGCCAUCUUUUCAGGUUUCGCUUUUUCCAUCAUAUUGUAUCUAUGGACAUUGUUUGUUUCUCAUGAUUAUCAUAGAAUGACAGGCAACCACCUUUACGAUUUCUUCAUGGGAGCUCCACUUAAUCCUCGUUGGGGGAUUUUGGACUUGAAGAUGUUUUUCGAGGUUAGGUUACCUUGGUUUACUCUUUAUUUUAUCACUUUGGGUGCCUGUUUGAAACAAUGGGAAACCUACGGCUACGUAACUCCACAAUUGGGCGUUGUCAUGUUAGCCCAUUGGUUGUACGCGAACGCGUGUGCAAAAGGUGAAGAGUUGAUUGUUCCAACUUGGGAUAUGGCUUACGAAAAAUUCGGUUUUAUGCUAAUCUUUUGGAACAUCGCAGGUGUGCCAUACACUUACUGCCAUUGCACUUUGUAUUUGUACUACCAUGACCCAUCUGAAUACCAGUGGUCAACCUUGUACAAUGCUUCACUGUAUAUCGUCUUAUUAUGUGCCUAUUACUUCUUUGACACCGCAAAUGCUCAAAAGAAUUCGUUUAGAAAGCAAAUGUCUGGUGACAAAACUGUCAGAAAGACCUUCCCAUUUUUUCCGUACCAGGUUUUGAAGAACCCGAAAUAUAUGGUGACUUCAAAUGGCUCGUAUUUGUUGAUUGACGGUUGGUACACUUGGGCAAGAAAAAUCCACUAUACAGCUGAUUGGACUCAAUCUUUGAUUUGGGCCUUAUCUUGUGGUUUCAAUUCAGUAUUCCCAUGGUUUUUCCCUGCCUUCUUCCUUGUUGUCUUGGUUCACAGAGCCUUCAGAGACCAAGCUAAAUGUAAGAGAAAGUAUGGAAAGGAUUGGGACGAAUAUUGUAAGCAUUGCCCUUAUGUGUUCAUUCCUUUCAUCUUCUAG